UAAAAGCCAAUACGUUGACUUGCCUAUACCCAUAUUCAAGCAAACCUCCAUUUGCCGGUUACCACAUUAUCCCACUCUAUAAACAAUUUUAAAGCUUGGUCCCCAUCCUUCCCUAUUUUUUAAGAUAAGAUAUUCCCACCUCGAAAAAAGCCUCUGCAAUCCAAUAAAAGAGACUCACUGGGAUUUUGAGUUUCACAUUAAAGUAUUUUUGGUAGCAUUUGCAGUGAUCUUUUUGUGUAUACUGAUUGAUACAAAGAGAGAGAAAAGGAAAGAGAAAGCAACAUUGCAGAAAGAGCAAAAAGGAAGAAGAAGAAGAAGAAAGGAUUUAUAUUCAAAGAAAGGGAGAGGAAACAUAAGUUUGUUUGUUUUUGUCUUCUUCUUUAUCUUAAUUCUCCUUUACUACUACUAUGUCUUUUCCUCUGUUUGGUUUGUUAAUACCAAAUCCCAUUUCAUAAAACCAAACCCAACCCUCUUUUUUCUCCAUUACCAUCAUCAUCACAGCAACCAAAAAACAAAAAACAGAAAAAGAAAAGAAUCAGAGCACUUACAAUGGUUUUGGGAUGGCGAAGAGCUUUUUGUACAUCAAUCCCAAGAGAUCAAGAAAAGCAAGACAACACGAACACAAACCCAAGCACUCCAAGUCCAAAGCUCAGUUCCAAAUUUGGGUUUUUCUCUAACCCUUCAACCCCACGUUUACAGUCACCACCGGUUUCCAGUUCAUUACUCCGUUGCCGGACCACCGCUGCUCCGCCGUCCACCGCCACUGUUACGGCGGCGUCAGCUCCAGGAAGUCCAAAGCUUCAAUGCAAAAUUACCAAAAAUAGCCCUCGGUUUUUUAACCGCUCUACACCUUCUUCCCCACGUUCCCCUUCCACUUUUUCGCUUAUCAAAUCCAGCUUUCGCUUUCCUAAGCAGACAAAGUGCGGCGUAUGUUUACAAACGGUGAGAACUGGGCAAGGCACUGCUAUUUUCACAGCUGAAUGCUCUCAUAGUUUUCACUUCCCAUGUAUCGCAGCUCUGUUAAGGAAACAAACUGCUCUUGUAUGUCCUGUUUGCAACUCUGAAUGGAAGGAGCUGCCUCUAUUGUCGAUACACGAUAAUACUCAAAAGCCACUAAAAGUUGAAGAGAAAACCAUUAGAGAAGUAUCUAUAUCUCCAUCACCCAAAGCAAAAAGAGAUAUUAAAUUUACAAACGAAAGGCCUAUUUUGAAGGUGUACAAUGAUGACGAGCCACUCAUGUCACCUACUUCUGGUGCUCGGUUCAAUCCGAUACCUGAAUCCGAUGAGUACGAUGAAGAUAAUGUGGUUGAAGAAUUUCAAGGUUUUUUCGUUGAUGCAAAGGUUAAGGGUAGUUCGGCAAAUUUAACCAACUUCGAGGCGAGGUUAUUGCCUGAAGCUGCAGUUGUAUCAGUUGGCCGGAGUUACGAAACAUAUGUGAUAAUAUUGAAACUUAAAGCUCCACCAGCGUUAACAACAACAGCACGAAGAGCACCUAUUGAUCUUGUUAUGGUUCUUGAUGUUAGCGGAAAAAUGAAACCUCAAAAUAUCCAAAUGAUGAAACGUGCAAUGAGGUUAUUAACAUCAUCACUAUCCUCAUCCGAUCGGCUUUCCAUUGUUGCCUUCUCCACAACAUCCAAACGGCUUUUACCGUUACGGAGAAUGACAAGUAACGGAAAGCGAUCAGCACGUCGCAUUGUGGAUGCUAUUGUGCCUCUAGAUGGAACAGGGACAAGUGCAAGCGACGCCCUUAAAAAGGCUGCGAAGGUUCUAGAAGAUCGCAGAGAGCGUAACCCCGUUGCUACUAUCAUGCUCUUAUCAGACACUCCAAAUGAACGCUCCACCACCACCAUCUCUACCUAUCCGGUGCAUUCAAUUGGAGUAAACCAAUCGAAUGACGAAGUUUUCACAAAAUUCAUAAACGUCGUCGUUCGAGAUGUUCGAGUUCAGCUAGGGUUCGUGUCCGGUUCAGCACCGGCUGAAGUAGCAGCGGUUUAUUCAUACACGAACCGGCCAUCAGCUCUCGGUUCCGGUUCAGUUCGGCUCGGUGAUUUCUAUGCAGAGGAAGAAAGGGAAUUGUUGGUGGAACUAAAAGUUCCCACGUCAGCAAUUGGGACCCACCACGUUUUGUCCGUUCAAUGUUCUUACAAAGACCCAUCAACUCAAGAGCUCAUCCAUUGCAAAGAACAAGCUCUAUUGGUCCCCCGUCCACAUGCCGUUAGAUCAUCAACACCUAAUAUCCAACGGCUUAGAGAUCUCUUUAUUUCGACUCGAGCCGUGGCUGAGUCUCGGCGCAUGAUUGAGCGAAACGACUUAACCGGGGCCCACCACAUGUUGUCCUCGGCUCGAGCUUUGUUGGUUCAGUCGAAUUCUAGCUCGGCUGGUGAAUUCCUUCAUGGCUUGGAAACCGAGCUGUCCGAGCUGCAUCACAAAAGGCAAACUCAAUCUCAGCAGCCGCAUCGGCGUAGAAUAAACGUACAACAAAGAGAGGACGAUAAAGCCGAGCCGCUUACACCUACAUCAGCUUGGAGAGCCGCUGAAAGGCUAGCUAAAGUGGCUAUCAUGAGAAAAUCGUUGAAUAGAGUCAGUGAUUUACACGGCUUCGAAGAUGCAAGAUUUUAGUUUAGGUUUUCCUUUUUUUUUUCUUUUUUUUUUUGGUAAAUCCUUUUUUUGUUAUUAUAGAAAUAGGUUAAAAUAUAGGGGCCUAUCUAUCCAUUAUGAAGAAAAAAAUAAAAGUAAAAAAACGACAAAGGGUACCCGACGGCUCGGCGCUUUCUGCAGAGGAAAACAACAGAUAGUGAAAGGGGCAAAGUGGGUACCCCACAUUUGGGUGAUUGAUUAAGGCAGUGGGGUUUAGAGAGCUAUGUUGUGCUUUUGUCUUUUAUUUCUCCCAACUUUUUUAUAAUCCUUUCUUUUAACUUCUUCUUAUGUAGAGAGUUUAAUGAUGUUUAAAUGGAGAUGAACAGAAUAAUCUUUCUUCAA